AUGGAUUUUUCUGCAGAAAUUCACUUUCUGGUCAAUGUGAUGACUCUUGAAGAAACGUUAUUUGGAACUUCAUGGAGAGAAGUCUGUCUGCAGCUGUUUACAUCUUGGACUACAGCAUUAGACAAUUACGUUGCAGUACCAUGCAACGGUCAGGGAGUGCUAGCUUUGGCGGAACUGACAGUUGAUCACAUCAAUAAAGAACGGACACACGGAUACAAGUUUAGCCUGGACAGAAUAGAAAAUGCACAGGAACUGAAGGAGGCAAAUGGGACCAGCACCUAUUUUUUGGACAUUGAUCUUCGAGAGACAAAGUGCCAUGUGCUGAACCCAAAGGCACUUAAUGAUUGUGAAAUCCGAUCGUUCAAGGAAACUAAAGUCGAAGGGGAUUGUAAGGUGCUCAUCGAGACCAAGCCUGGAGUUCCUGGUCACGUGAAAGGCUACAAGUGUGAAAUAUCUCCAGAUUCAGCACAUGAUGUUGCCGAAAAAUGUCCUGACUGUGCACACCUAAUACUUAUAAAUAGCACUGCAGCUCAACAUGCCGCGGAGGUUUCACUUAAUAAAUUCAAUCAAGAGAGCAACCAUCAACACAAAUUUAUACUUCAUGAAAUAACACGAGCUUCGUCAAAGGGACUGGGGACUCCGCUGUUGGUGGAAUAUGUCAUUCGGGAGACACCCUGUCUGAAGAACAGUGAGAUAUGUCCACUGAUUGCCCUUGUAAAUCCUACUUAUGGAUUCUGUGUAUCAACUGUCACUCCUGUCAAUUCCACUCAAGAGACAAUUGUCGAAACCUGUGAGCUCUUCCACACAAAGGCAACAGAGGCUGUUGCAACUGUAGCAGAACCAGAAGGGAAAGGUGAUGCUGCACCCGUGGUUAAAGAGGAAGGAGGCAGCGCGGCUCCUAGUACUGGUACUGAUGCUGAUGACGGAGUAGAACAUGUUUCUCCAGUUCCAAAUCAUGCAACUGCUUCUAUCGUAGUAGAAAAAUCUGACAGUAUUCCUAAGCGGAAACGAUCUAUUAAAGACUCUUCAGAAUCCUCUGAAGAAGCGCUUGCGAGCAGUGGGGCACAAAUUAUUCACUUCCCUGACCUACCUGAAGAUCCAACAACAUGCCCAACAAUGCACAAGUACCCUGAGAAUCAGUGA